AUGCCAAAGUCUCCACACAGGACAAAUUUUCCGUCGCUGUACCCCUUAUUAAUUGUUUUAUCCCAUUUUGCCCUAGCUUCACACGCGUGGAGGAUACGAAGGGAUCUGGACAGUGACGAAGAAGACAUGAUAGUCACUGAUGAAUGCUACAAUAAAUAUAAUGAAGAAAAUCAUUUUAAAGUGUUUUCCAAUUAUUUGAAUCGCAAGAAUUCGUCGCAUUAUUCUCCCAUCGCUCCAUCAUUUCAACAAGCCCUUCUGACAUUACAGCAGACAAAGGGACUAAGACACGGUGAGCAGAUCACCAAGAGCUCAUCCAAGUGUAACAGUCGGAAGCAAGACCAAAUUAGUGCAGAUACUCCGUUGAGAGAUCGAGCGUUAUGCAAGUUCGAAUAUGUGCUAAACUAUAAUCCAAAGAGGUUACCAGCAGCAUUAACAGAAGUGAAGUGUAGUUGUCCAAGGCCAAAUGCAAAAUUAGUAGGGAAACGGAUAUUUGAAUGUGAACAUCUUCGAUAUCAAGUCAGAGUAUUAAUGUGGGACGAUGGUUGUAACACUUUUCGGGAGGCCGUUGAGACUAUCUCAUUAGCUUGCAUUCCAGUAAUUCAGGCAAAUGUGAAUGCAGAUGGCGAUGACGACUUUGUCUACACCAUCAAAGCAGAAAUUCCAAUUUAA